AUGGAGUGGGAUCUAUUCUACUAUAUAUCAGGGAAGAAGGAACCCCCACCAGAGUUGAUCAAUGGUGAUAUUAUGGAGUGGGAUCUAUUCUACUAUAUAUCAGGGAAGAAGGAACCUCCACCAGAGGUAGCCGGCGAGAGUGCAUUUAAAUUACUUAGAAGUUUUGUCGAGAAACGAGAAUUUGCUGAGAAACCCGAUUCUAAAUCUUAG